UUUUACUAAGUUGCUAAUAAAAUGGCGGAGACGUUGGUUGACUCCAAGCCAAUUGAAUUGAAUAUUUCUACCAGCUAUGAACUAGCUACAACAUACCCAGGUUACAAUCACACCAAUGGAAACGAUGAAUAUACAUUGGAUCCAAAUAUUCAAGCUAUAAAUGGUUUCAGAAUAUUCGUCUGCGCUGUCGGAGUUUUGGGUAACAUUAUCGUGAUUGCAAUGAUUUUGUUGCUUACUGAAUUUAAUAAAGGAGUCACACAUUGGUAUAUUCUUCAGCUUGCAAUCGCCGAUUCAGCAUUUCUUCUUACUCUCCCGUUCCAAGUUGUUGAAGAUGCUAACAACGAAUGGAUUUUUUCAGAUGGGAUGUGCAAAGCAAAAGAAGCUGUUUUAUUUGUAAACUAUUAUAGUUCAAUUUCUUUUCUGACGGUGAUGGCUUUAGAUCGUUACAUUGCAGUGUGUCACGCAUUCUCAGACCGGUUGCAAAAAUUACGAACUACCAAAGCCGCUUAUAUUAUUACUGCUAUUGUAUGGACAGUCGCUAUAUUGAUAUGUAUACCUAUCAUGAUGUACAGCACAAAACGAGGACGUGAACCUUUUUGUAAAUGCGAACUGCAAUUCCCCGAGUAUGGUUUCGAUAUGGAAGCUCACAAUAUUUGUUCGGAAGAUUACGAUCCCGACGAUGAUUCUGGAUCAGGGUACGGUUACGACGAAUGUAUGAAAGACAUGACCAACACGGAGAAAUCGCCUGCCUGUUCGUCGCCAGAUGAUAAUGUUGAUUACCCAGGAGAAACCUUAUCAGAAAGCGAUGAGUUGGUUGAAACUCCUAAUCCAGAGUGUCAAUAUGACAAAUAUAACCAGGGAUUUAUUGGAUUCCUCUACUUUAAUUUUAUCGUGAUGUUCAUCGUCCCUUUCAUGAUUAUCGCAGCUUGUUACAUUCUGAUCAUUGUUCAUUUACACAAAAAGCGAUUUCGAGGGGACGCAUUGAGUAGAAAAACAAAAGAUGAUAAAGACACCGUUAGAGUGGUCAUUAUGUGCGCAAUACUAGUCAUUGUGUUUGCAGUCUGUUGGCUUCCGUAUCACUCUGUUCAAAUGGCAAAAAUGAAAGGAAUUUCAGGAACUAGUGACUUCUGUAGCAAACUUUUCCACGCAGCUUCUCUUGUGGCUUAUUUGAACUCUGCAAUUAAUCCAUACAUCUAUUUCAUCGCUGCAAGAUUUAAAACUCAAUUAAGACUAAUGAAAAACAGUAAACCUUUUUCUGUGAUAAUGUCGUUUCUCAGCAAGACAACAAAGGCUGAUUCAAGUAACAAUAAAUCACCAAGGCGUACAAUUGUUAAAGAUGAAAACGAAAUCGAAGACCAAGUACAAGAAGAUACUGGACUAUAAAAUCAAGCAAAUAAAAACUCCAAAACGUCCUAUUAAAACGUCAUUCACAAGUGCAAAUUAUGAAACGUUUCGUCGGCAUUGAAAUAAAAU